CAUUUGUUGCCUAUAGGGAUGCCAAAUGCAUGCUUGUAUAAUGAGCAAAUGUAUCCUACUCCUCCUUUAACCGCAUCUCUUGAGUCGGAAGAUGGGGAUUCUUCAGGCAUCUCGGACUGCCCUCAAGACGGCCUCAUCGCAGAUGGCCCCCGUGCAAACCCCUAUCCCAGGAUCUCGAAAUCUGUGGAGCUUCUGCGAGAUUCCUAUGACUGCGUCGUCAUAGGCUCCGGAUAUGGAGGCUCCGUGGCUGCAUCACGCAUGGCCCGAGCAGGCGAGUCGGUCUGCUUGCUGGAACGAGGAGAAGAGAAAUGGCCGGGAGAAUAUCCUACGACUACCAUGGAAGCAGCGAAGCAGUUCCGUCUUACGGGAGACUUCACUCCGAGCUCCUUUGGUGGAGUUGCUGUUGACAGCGGAAACACCACCGGCUUGUAUCAUCUGUUCUUUGGACGUGAUCAGAGUGCUCUUGUCGGCAAUGGUCUCGGUGGCACAAGCCUCAUCAACUCGAAUGUAUUUCUAGAAGCAGACGAAGACGUUCUCAAGAUGGGCUUCUGGCCGCCCGAGAUACAUUACCAAAAAGUCAGGGACAUGCUUGAGCCAGAACCUUAUCCGGAAGACUGGCCAGCACUCAAGAAGAUGGACAUCUUUAAUCAUCAAGCCAAAGUCCUCGGGUUGGAUGACAAGCUCCGUAGAGUUCCUCUUACAACCCGCUUCCGGUCCGGCCCCAACAGCUCCGGCGUCAACAUGAAAGCAUCGACGCUCACUGGACAAGAUACCACGGGCGUCAAUGACGGAUCGAAAACCACAACGCUGGUGACAUACCUCGCCGAUGCAUGGAAUUGGGGUGCCGACAUGUUUUGUAAGUGCGAGGUGCGGUACAUUGAGAAAGUCCAAGAUGAUCGGGGCGGUUAUCUGAUCUACUUCGCCUGGCAUGGCCGGGGCCGCAACCGCUUUGCAGAAGAUGAUACCUACGGCGACUUGAUGUGGGUUCAUGCAAAGAAGGCCGUCUUUCUCGGAGCUGGUGCGAUUGGCACGACGGAAAUCCUGCUACGGAGCAAGCAGAUGGGCUUGAAUAUGAGCGACUGGGUUGGCCGCGGAAUGAGCGGCAACGGAGAUGUGCUCGCAUUCGGACACAACUGCGAACAAGAAGUGAACGCUCUCGGAAAGCCAUCGCCGGAUCCUGCAAACCCCGUAGGCCCAACCAUCACUUCUGCCAUUGACAACAGAAAGGGCCAUGAGAAUCCGCUCAACGGCUACAUUAUUCAGGAGGGCGCCAUGCCACAAGCUUUUUCCCAGCUACUGCAGUGUAUGCUGGACCUGAUGCCGGGAAGCCAUGCCCCUGACAUGCCGCUUCUCCAGCGAGCCCAGCAGGCGAUGGGUGUGUGGAAAAGCAGACUGCUUGGACCGUUUUCGAAGACAGGGACACUAAGCAACACUCAGGUAUUCUUGAUCAUGUCCCACGAUGGGAGCCAAGCAACUCUGAGUCUAAAGAACGACAAGCCGGUGUUGGAAUUCAUCGGAGUGGGGAAAAGUGACAGAGUCAAGAGGUUCAAUGCCAUACUCGAAAAGGCCACAGAUGCUGUUGGCGGCACUUUGGUGUACACCCCCUUUUACAACCUCAUGAACAAGCAGCAGAUCACGGCACAUCCUCUUGGUGGAGCUCCAAUGUCUUGGGACAACACGGGGGCGAACGGCGCGACAAACCACCUAGGCCAGGUCUUCAUCGGCAACGACACCUCAGAGACCCAUGCCGGCCUCAUCGUGACUGACGGGGCCCUCAUUCCUGCCGCGAUUGGAGUGAAUCCUCUUGCAACUAUUGCGGCCCUCGCGGAACGAACGGUCGAAGCGUAUGCCAGAGCGAACGGCCUCAACAUCAACGAGAAAAAGAACGAUGUCUUGGAUCUCUUUGGCAAGCCAGCCUACAAGCCAAGAGACCGACGCUCUUCCGAGACCUACUGUGAUUCUGGCCCCGAAGCUCCUGACCGAAUACUGAGCAUGGCCAAAAUGCUGAAAUUGAAGAGCAUCGAAUUCACAGAGCUCAUGUCGGGUUUCGUACACAAAGCCUCGUCAGACGCGGCAGUCGAAGACACGGCCGCCUUUGAAUCUGCCUUUCGCGCUGCCAAAGGUGGCGGUGAGGUUGGCAGAUUGCUUGUUAGUGCAACAAUCUUUGACAGCACCAGCCUUCGAGAUGAAUCUCAACCCAGUGGCAUGCUUACCGGCACUUUUGUCUGCCCCAGCAUCGAAGGAUCGCCGUUCAUGAUACUAAGAGGAGACUUGGGGCUGUUCAAGAAGAGCCAGAAAGUCACAGGAACCAGCAGGCUGACUUACGACUGCGAUAUGGUUGGUGCCAAUGGUCGACGCCUUCGUUUUCGUGGCUACAAGGUGGUUGAUGCCUCUGUGUCUCUGAGUCCUCUUCAGAUGUGGCGCUCUACUACAACGCUGUAUGUUGUCAUAACAGAAAAGGUCGUCCACGAGCAAGACUGCAUCCAUACCAGCCAGGAGCCCGACAUUCUGGAUGAUGACAUUGCCGAUUAUUACGAGGACAUCCCCAUCUAUGCCAGUGAAAAGCUGGUCGCAAGAGGCAUCCUGCAUCUACACCCAAUGGACUUUUUGUCGGAAAUGAUGACACUCACUCCUGCGGGCAGCAGUCUCCUCGACAGAGCCACAAACAUGUCCAAGUUCACGUCCUUCUUCACGUCCAAAUCUUUGUCCCACUUCUUCACGCCCCUGAACAGCCUCGAGUACCCAGAGCAGGGGUUUGUCUCCUAUAUCAACUAUACGCCUCCGUCACAAUCGUACGCUAUCGUUGCUGACGACGGAGUCGAAACUGAGCUGCAUAUGUGGGAGCCAAGCCCAGGUGCUGUUGCUACUAACUCACGAGGCUCUCCGGUCAAGACUGAGAAUCUCUUCAUGAUCCCCGGUGCGUCCGUUGACCAUCAGAUCUUUGCCCUGCCGACCAUCCCUUUCAACGCGGUCAACUACUUUACACGAGCUGGUUAUCGCGUAUUUGUUACUGUCCAUCGUAUUUGCCAGUUGAGGUCAACGCGGAAGCAGGCGUGGACAACAUACGAUUCGAGGCUCGAUAUCAAGUCAAGUCUCGAGAAGAUCCGCAGCAUUUACGGUGGCGGGAAGAUCUACACCAUUGCCCACUGCAUGGGAUCUGUGGCUUUUGCUUGCGGUCUCCUUGACGGGACCAUCCCAUCCGACUGGAUUCUGGGAAUCACCUGCAGCCAGGUGUUCAUGAAUCCGAUAUGGAACACUAUGAACAUGAUCAAGGCCACCUCACCCGUGGCUUUGGACAGAAUAUACAACUCUUUGCUGGGGGACUGGAUGGACUUUGACACGUCGGCUGAGGAUUCUGUGGCCCAGCGAGCUCUGAAUCAGUUGCUUCGCUUUUACCCGGAACAGAGAAACGAAAUGUGCAGGAAUGCUGCUUGCCAUCGUACAACAUUGCUGUUUGGGCGUUGCUGGAGUCACCAAAACCUCAACGAGGCGACUCAUCGGAACAUCGAUCGCUUCUUUGGCGGAGCGAGCAUGAAUCUAAUGAGUUUACUGAAGCGAAUGGGGAGCCGCGGCGAGGUGAGCACCAAUGCUCCCGAGUAUGAGGAGCUUACAGGGCCGCAGAACGUGGAGCGCCUCCGAGGCAUUCCCUUUCUGUUCUUCGCCGGCCAGGACAGCGGCGUCCUGUCCCCAAGAUCUACAGAGAAGACGUACGAGCGCUUGAUCGAUGCCUUUGGAAUAUCUGCCGGCCUUCCCGGCGGAGGCAUCCAGUAUAGACGGAGAGUUGUACCGGGUUAUGGCCACUUAGACUGUUGGAUGGGACGCAAUGCAUGGCGGGACGUGUUUCCGUUUGUUCGCGAAGAAAUUGACCGAGUUGUCCGAGGCGAGUCAUAUCAAUUCCGCCAACCAAAUGAUAGAUUUAAGCGUUUCAUGGAGGAUAUUGAGCUGCAUUAG